AUGCAGAUGUUAAUGUGAUUUAGAAUUUAGCUUUUAUUAUUACAAUCAAAAUGUGCACUUCUCAGAGAGAAUUUUGAAUUUGCUAGAUUAUCUGAAGGACAGGUUUUGAUUGUGAGUCAGUGCAAGUACGGACAUUAUGGAAAAGGGAAAGCAUUCUGGGCUGGAGAGAUGAGUGUCACAGGCGAACCUGACAGAUCACAGUUCCAUUUUGUUCGCGGAGCAGCUGCGCGGUGGCCCUAACAAAGAGACUACAUCAUCCACCUCUCGCAACCGCUGUAUUUCAGUCUCGGUGGGCGGCGCCCUAAGGUAGAAGAACAAAGAGAUGAAGCCAGUGGGCCCUGAGAUUCCUAGAGAGGACUUGGAAGGGCCCUAGCUGGAGAAACAGCCUAAACAGCAUGCGCGCUGCCGGGCGCCGGGCAAAUCGUAGAGAGGCUAAUCUGUGCUGAGCGCCCACUCGUUUUCAGGGUGCAUCCUCUCGGAAGGUUUGUGAUAUUUAGCCUCAAGAUGUCCGAAGACUUUUCUGUCACAGUUCCAGAAGAGCAGAAAGAAAUUUUGAAAGUGAAAGAAGAAGACCUUACAUGGGAACAAAAGUCCAGCCAAACUGAAGAAAACUGUCUUAACCAGGAGACCUUUAGGCAGCGUUUCAGACAGUUUUGCUACCAGAAGACAACCAAGCCCCAAGAAGCUUUGAGCCAAUUAUGGGUGCUUUGCUCUCAGUGGCUGAGGCCCGAGGUACUAACUAAAGAGGAGAUGAUGGAGUUGGUGGUGGUGGAGCAGUUUCUGACUAUCCUGCCGCAGGAGCUCCAGGUUUCAGUGAAGAAGCGUUUGCCACAAAACAGAGCAGAAGUAAUUACUGUAUUGGAGGAAUUGGAGCAACAAUCAAAUAAACCUGGGCAGCAGACUUCAGUUCUUGCACAAGGACUAGAAGAACAUUCAGAGGAGACAGAACAUCAAGGAGCAUCCCAGGAGUCACAAAGCCUCCAAGUGAAAUGUGAAUCUCAGGAUCCUAAUUCUCUACAGGAGAAUGGUAAGUGUUAGAAUUUAGACUUGCAUAUUGUUUUUUUUUUUUUUUUUUCCCCAAAAAAACAGAAUAAGAAAAAAAGAAAAACAGAAAAGGAAUACAAAACUAAAUAAAAUAAAACAAAAAAGAAUAUUGUCAUGUUCCCAGAAGAAAGAACCAGGGAGGAUUCAGAAUAUAUAACAACAAAUUAUCAGAUCAAGAAAGUAUAUAUAUUAGAAGAUGAAAUUAGAUCCAUGAAUGUCCAUUUUUUUCCUUUACUUCUUUGUAAAUUGUUUUUUAGUUCUCUGAUGUACACCUUAUUUAGUUUAUUCUUUUUCUCCCCUUCAU